CUAUUUCUGAGCAGUCAUGAAGUUGCUGUGGCUGUGCAUGGUGGCCGCUCCGGUGCUGGCGGUUGGGCCUGGCGGUAGAAACCUGGGCGGGGUCACUACUGCUGGCCUAGGAGGAUUCCAGACACACGGGACAGGGGCAAACCUUGGCUUUGGUGGGGUUCAAACUGCUGCAGGAGGAUCAACGAUUGGAGUCGGAGGACUGACAAGCGGCCUUAAUGCAGGAACGAAAGGCCUUGGUGGCAACCUCGCUGGGCUGCAAGGCUCAGGCCUCCUCACAGGGCAAAAUGUAGCUGUUGGAGGACACACAGGCCUUGGUGGUCUCGCUGGAGGACAGAUAGGCCUUGGUGGUCUCGCUGGAGGACAGAUAGGCCUUGGUGGUCUCGCUGGAGGACAGUCAGGCUUUGGUGGUCUCGCUGGAGGACAGACAGGCUUUGGUGGUUUCGCUGGAGGACAGGAAGGCCUUGGUGGUCUCGCUGGAGGACAGACAGGCUUUGGUGGUCUCGCUGGAGGACAGACAGGCUUUGGUGGUUUCGCUGGAGGACAGGAAGGCCUUGGUGGUCUCGCUGGAGGACAAACAGGCUUUGGUGGUCUCGCUGGAGGACAGAAAGGCCUUGGUGGUCUCGCUGGAGGACAGACAAGUCUUAGCCAUGUUAGCGGAGGACAGACAGGUCUUGGCCAUAUCUCCGGAGGACAGACAGGUCUUGGCCAUAUCUCCGGAGGACAGACAGGCAUUGGUGGUCUAGCUGGAGGUCAUGGUGUUUCUCUCGGAGGACAGACAGGGCUCAGUGGUCUUGCUGGAGAACAGACAGGAUUCACUGGUUUUGGUGGAGGCCAGGAAACCAUUCUCGGCGGGAGUGGCCUCACUGGACUCAAUGCAGGCCACGGCGCAGGACAGGGCGUCAUUGCAGGGCAGGGUACUAGUCUUAGUGGAGGCCUAGGACAUGGCUUCAUAGGACAGCAAGGAGUUGGUCUUGUUGGAGGAAAGGGUACUCUUGGCACAGGGCCUGUAGUGGCACCAGUCAGUGGCCUGAGUGCUGGAAAUGCAGGCUUUCUGGGAGGCAGUGGUGUGUCUGUCACAGGACUCGGUACUGGCAUCGCUGGAAGCAGUGGUGGCUUAGUGACGCAAGGAAAUGUUGGCUUGACUCAGUCACAGACACUUGGCGCAGCUCACGGUUUCGUUACAGGCCACUCUGGUUUCACUGGCACCCAGGGCGUGGGAAGCGGCGUCGUGACUGUGACCGGGGGCCAGACCGGCCUCGUUGGAGGACAAAAUAUCGGCCUGAUCGGUGGACAAGACGUCAGGUUCCGCACCAACCCGGGCCUCACUCUGGUUAGCCACAAGAAUAUCGGUGAUGAUGACAUCCAUAAUGUUGGUCUCGGUAGGAAGAAGAAGAUUGACAUCACCGUGGUGAGGGAAGACUUCGGUGGCGGCCAUAUUCUGGACGACGGCCACCAUGGGAAGGGAGACAUUGCCAUCACCUUAGUGAAGGACGGCCAUGUUGUGGGCGACGUCCUCGAUGGAAGGAAAAACACUGACAUCACGGUGUCCAAGGGAGGCUUUGCAGGCGGGCGAGGAGUGUCCCUCCUGAGCGGCAGGAAACAUUUCAUCCACAACGGCGAUGACCUGGACCACCGCGGCCACAGCCUCCACGGUGGUCGCGGCGUGACCAUUAUCAGGAGCAAGGACGGCCUGGGUGCCUUUGAUAACCUGCGCGGCCUGGAGGUGGGCGGCCGCGACGUGUCCAUCGUGCGGGGAAAGGGGCUGCACCGGGGCAGCCUGGAAGUAGUGAGGGGAGGCUUCAGGAAAGGUCUGCGUAGCCGAGUGGUGCCCGCAAAAGGUGUUCGCGUGACAUCCAGCCUGGGGAGUCGCCACGGCCUGACCCAGGUCCACCCUAACAGCGGCAGGUCAACAAUCAGCUUCAACCUGGGUCACGGGGGUCGCAGGAGCCACAAAGUCGGGAAGGGCGCCAUCCUCCUUCACUAAGUAAUCACAGCACUAUCCCUGCCCAUCCGCCCAUAGCGCCACACUUGCGGCACCCUCUACCUCGCACACGCCCACACCGCACCCAAACACACUCCUGAAAUAUGACCUAUCCCCCCCCGCACCCCGUCCCGCAGAUGUUCCCCGAGGCGCAGGGCCGAGGGCAAGGCGCUGACACUGUGCAGGAAAAGUUGCUCAUUCACGUCCAGUCCACGAAGACUCACAACUCGAAGUCGUCAGGUAUUGAAGUAUUUUCUAUUUAUGUGUACGUACAAAAUACGAAAUAACAUUAAAUUAAUUUGGAUAUAAACCUGAAAUAAAUGUUUUCACAAUAAAGGUUUUGUCUUUA